GGUAGCGGAGGUGGCGUUCCACCAGUGUCAGUGACAGUGGCACUAGUGCAGUCAUGUCUCGGCUCAGUGGCGCACCACUCUGUACCCUCCUCGUCCUGCUGCUCGUCUCCAGUAACGUCUCCGGGUCUACCAUCCCUUGGUGGAACAUCAAACUUGCCCAGGAGCAAGGACCAAACGCAUGUGUGGUGGAGGAGAUCCCAGAGACAAAACAUCAGAUCUGGACAGAGUGUAAAUACUGGAACAGCCGAGAUGUAUGUGGAUCAAAGCCAUUGCUGAGAUAUGAAUGUUGUGAGGGCUUCAGACAAAUACCAGGAAUUCACGGAUGUACAGGAGUAACACCUCUACAGAAUGUGCUGGAGACAGCCAAGAAGCUUGGUGCAAGUCAGUUUGUCAAAUAUAUAGAAAAGGCUGGCCUAACAAGGGAACUGAGUAACGAUGGUCCAUUCACUCUUUUUGUACCAUCAGAUGAAGUAUUUAAAGAUCUGCCGAGGGACCGAAGGAUCAGAUUGGACACAGCCAGUCCAGACCAGCUCAGACCUAUACUGGAGUAUCAUCUGGUGGAGGGCCGAGUUACUUCAGCUCAGUUCAAGGCUGAUCUGCUGGUACCAACACGAUACAGCGGACACAAACUGCGGAUCAACAAGUACUCUAGUCGGAUAGAAACUGUGAACUGUGCACUACUGCAGCGCAAGGACCAAGAAGCAAACAACGGAGUGGUUCACAUAAUCAGCAGCCUGUUGGAACCUUCUUACUCUCUGGAGAGGGAUUUGGCAGAACUUCUGGCUCAGGACGGUAGAUUCCAAGAACUAUCACGAGCUAUGGACAAGUCAGGACUUAUGGUCAAACUGCGUGACCCAGAACAGGCUUUCACAAUAUUUGCUCCUUCAGAUGAAGCUUUCACGAAGAUUCAACCUUCACGACUUAGUAAAAUACUGAACGACAGAAAUGCUUUAAGAGAACUGCUAGACAACCACAUAGUGCCUCAUGCAAUGUGUACUCCUGCUAUUAUUGACGAACACAAAGUGCGCACUCUGGGCUCUGGCAAGGUCACCAUCAGUUGUGAUAGGAAAGGUGUCAAAGUAGAUGACAAUCGGCUACGAGCGGACUUUACACUUGGACUCAAUGGAGUAAUUUACUUGGUAGACAACGUUCUGAUGCCAGAUAGAGCUAAAAGCAUUAUCCAAAUAUUGGAGGAGGAGAAACUGUCAUCUUUCUUGCAGCUUGUUCGAUUCUCUGGCUUGGAGGAUGCUUUUGAAAACUUUGGAGAGUACACAAUAUUUGUGCCAUCAGAAGCAGCUAUGUUUUCACUCCCGGCAGAAAUCCUCAGCUCUCUAAAGAACAACAAGGAGAAGGCCCGUAAAUUUGUUUUGUUCCACUCAACCCAGGGGCGAAUAAAAACAGACAGAAUGAACAACAAUCAGGUACUAAUGUCCCUGGACGAGCAAAACCCGUUGCGUAUUCAGCUGUACCGCGCAGGUGUAACGACCAACGUAGGUCCUCGUGUGAUGGCAGCAGUGGAAGGUGCCUCUGUACAGCGAGCUGACCGUCAGUGCAUCAACGGAGUUAUCCAUGUCAUCAACAAGGCACUGUCCCCAGUCAACCAGACAGCUGGGGAGUACCUCCAUCAGAAUGGAACUUACAAAAUUUUCCUGAAGGCUAUGGAACAAGUGUCAUCUGACAAUUCUGACUUGGAUUUCACCAAACCUAAAACAUUUUUUGUACCAAGUGAUGAAGCUUUCCAAAAGAUCGGCAAACUUCAUCUGCAGCAAAUGCUGUCUGAUUCUUUAUAUAUGACUAAGGUGGUGAAAAAUCACAUAAGUCAAACGAUGGUGAUGACUGACAACCUCCAACCAGAUUUACAUUACAGUGUUCCAUCAUAUUUCAACAUGCUUUCAAUGACACAAGAAGAUGGUAGGAUAAAGGUGAAUGGCGCAACAGCAUCAGAAUGUGACAUUUUGACAUCAAAUGGAGUUGUUCACAAAAUUGACAAAGUAUUACUACCAGAAGACAACAACGAUGUUUGAGGAAAUACAAUGUGCAUUAGUGAAGGCUUUUAAGCGUGUUACAUAUUUUAGAGUAUGGCUAGAUUAUUAUUUAAGACUUCAGUUGGCAAGUUGGGCUAGUUUUGUAAAAAAUAAAUUAUAAUUGUACAUCUUGUAUUAAAGUUGUUGCUGCA